UCUUCUUUCUCAUUCUCGAUUCUAGAACUGUGAGUGAUAAACCCUAAGUGAUUUGGGGGUUUUCGAUUCUCGUGGAUUCCGUCUCAAGGUGGCUUCGAAUCCAACGUUACUAGCAAUGAUUACCAAUGAGGAAGGCCAAGAGAGCGAUCCGUCGAGCUCUGAAGAUACGACUUUCCAGAUCUACUACAAUGGAAAGUUUGUAGUUUCAGCCGGAAAUGUUCUUACAUAUGUUGGAGGCGAGAUUCACAUGCUUGAAUGUAAUCCGGAAGCUGUUUUUACUAACAUGACUGGGUCAUUGGGGUUAUCUCUAAUUGGGCAAAGGAUCUGGUUUAAGCUACCUUAUGAGACUUUUCAAGAGUUAAAGUUGUUGUAUGUUGAAGCUGAAAAUUUCCAGAGAAUGUGUUUAGCUGCGAAGUAGACAAAAGCUGUUGAUAUAUUCUUGGAAAAUGAUGAGUCUCCUGAAGAAGGUAAUGAUGUGAAUGAUGUGACUGCUAGAGUUGGUGAAGAAGACAAUGAAGUGAAUGGUAGAGAAAAAAGAAAAAGAAGAAAGGAAAGGAAGCUGAAAAAGAAAUUGAAGAUCCUCCUCAAAAGAAAAUGAAAAUAACUAGAGAAGGUAUGACUUUGCAUUGUGCUCGAUGUAGCAUUUCAGGACAUAACACUAGGAGGUGUCCAAAUGUUGGGGUCCUAAGCAAAAGAGCAUCUAAAAGACAAGAAGAAGGUCCAAGCCAAGCAAGUCAAGCAUCUC